AGUUUGUACAAGGAAAGGAUAAAAAAGCCAAAUUUGUACUUUCUUACAGUAUCAAUGGCUAUGAAGAAGAAUGUCAUAAGCUUGAAGGCCUUGGUGGACAAGGGGAGCAACACAAUUAUCUUCGUAGAGUCUGAUAACGAUUUUAUUGAUGUUCUCUUGAGUUUCUUGACAAUACCAAUGGGAACAAUUGUCAGGCGUGCCCGUAAACAUUCAGUACCACUGGAAAUAGGUUGCAUGAGCAAUUUGUACGCCAGCGUUGCGAAUAUCGAUGUUCGGCAUUUCCAGACUGAAGCAUGUAAAGAGAUGUUGCUAUGUCCCCACAAUGGGGCUGAAUCUCAUUGCAAAAACCUCAAACUGAAAAUUGACAAUGAUGAGCCGACACGGUACUUUCUGUGUGAUAGUUGGCAAUGCACCUUCGAAAAUAAGUCAAUAAGUCAUUACAAAGGUGUUCUGUGUCAAUGUGGAAGAUGCAUGAAUCUGAAGUGCCCACUUUCAGUUUCAUCCUCUGCUGAGCAAGGUGGGGGCAUCUUUGUUAAAGAAUCAGCUAGGUUCAUAAUUACUGAUGAUUUACAUGUGAUGUCCCCGUUAUCCAUGGCAAGCAAUCCUGUAUUUACAAAGCUUGGAGCCAUGAAUGAGAAUAGCACAACUGAACAACGGAAUUUGAAUAUAGGAGCUCCUGAGGUUUUGAACUUGCUUCUGCGCUCAUUAGUAUCAAAGAAACCUCUGUCCGAAACUAUACUGAAGCAUGUACCAAAUCCGAAUUUGAGCCUUUUGAAUCUGGAUCAACUAAUAUUGAGACGUAUUGAAUCUCUAUUGCUUGGAGACACGAUGAAUAAGGAAGAAGAAGAGGAAAAUAUUGUUGUUAAGCUGACAGUCAGCGUAUCGAAGAAUAUUGUUUGUUAUGCAGAAGCAGGGGAGGAUUUUGUUAAUUUGCUCUUCAGUUUUUUGACUGUUCCACUUGGUUUCAUAGUAAAGCAUAUGAGGGAUGCCUCUUUCAAAGGGUGCAUUGAUCAGUUGCACAAAUCUGUCAAAGAUCUUGAUGAGCAGCACUUGAAGUCAAAUUACCACAGGGAAAUUCUACUGAGUCCUAAGAUUUAUCCUGGUUUUUGCUACGAGAACCGUCAUUUAGGAAUUGAGGAUGGCCCGGUGGCCUCGUAUUAUUAUGCAUAUUGGCUGCAUGGAGGUUUGCAGGAUAUAUUGGCCACUGAUAAAACACUCAUCCCUUCUAACGCAGUGACACUUCCACUCAAAUUGAAGCAUGAUAAAAGUACUCAAGGGUAUUUGAAAGCAUCAACGGCAUUCAUGGUAACUGACAAGCUGAUCAUAAGGCCUGCAUCUCCUUUCUUUGGCUUUUCGAUUAUAAAUGAAUUGAAGGUACCUUUCACUGACAUAAAGGAGGAAACUGUUGAGGUUGGCAAGAAGGAGGCUUUGCGUCUUUUGGUGGCUACUUUUCUUAGCAACUCUGCUCUAACCGAUGUCUUCAUUAGGCAGCUGAAUCAAGAAAAGUCUAUGAAGAGAGCUUGCUUAUCUAUUCAAUUAUGAUGAUGCUUCGCCUUUAUACAAACUAGAACUCCAGUAUGGAUGAUACUGUGUUUGCGCUUCCUUAUGGAUAAUGCUAAUGCUAGCAUACUAAUAUUUGUAGCAGACUCAUAGUCAUGGGUUCAAUUGCUAGUAAAGAUUACUUUAUGCAGAAUAUUUAAUGAACAUUUGUUUCAUGAAUGACCUGCUGUAUGCAAUAAUAAUGCAGGCUUUGUUUUUCUUCUAGAGAAAAAAAGGAAAAAAGAAAAAAAGAAAGAGGAGAAGUGAAGUUGUAAAAAACUAUGAGUUCUUUAAGGAUGAAAUGA